AUGGCAGAUCAGCAACCAAGCACCUCCCAGCAGCAACAGGGCGUAGUAAAGCAAGAAAAUCGGAACAGUCGUAAGCGUCGUUUAUCGAUGAAUCGAAAAAAGGGCAACAAGAAAGGUGCACGAAGUCAGGAUGAGGCUGCGGAGGUGCCUAGUCCAUUGCUGCAUCCUGUUUUCCACAAUUUAAGUUCGUGCGCGGUGGGCGAAGAGAUGGCUACACUCAUUCGAACCUUGCAACCAACGAACCACGACGUAAAUCGGGCUCUCAAUAUGGUAAAGGACGAUCUGCGGCGUGUGCUUGUAUACCCGCAAAACCAGGCAACGAUCUACGAGUUUGGUUCGAUCAAAUCGGGCUUGCUGCUGAAAGACAGCGAUCUGGACUUCUAUAUUCAUUAUGCGCGCGAGAAAAACGAACGCGACGAGCAGAUCAAGCUCAUUCACAUCACCUGCAGCCGCAUGGAAAAGGACUUCAGUUUUACCAAAAUGACGAAGAUACUGGGCGCCAAAGUACCGCUGCUACGGGCGAUACACGUGCCAACGAAUCUGCAGUGUGACAUUAACUUCAGCAACGCCCGCGGGUGCUACAACAGUAAGUUUAUCAACGCGGUCAUAAAGUUUGACGAGCGCAUCCACCACCUGACGCUGAUUGUGAAGUUCUGGGCACAGUGCGCAUUUAUCCUGACGCCCCACAAGCAGUUGAACUCCUACUGCCUGACCAUGAUGGUGAUAUUUUACCUGCAAACGCGCAAGCUGCCCGUAAUUCCGUCGGUGGAGGACAUGCAGCAGGGUAUCCAGCGCAUAAACUACGGACCGUGGAACCUAGGCUAUCCGGUGGAGAUUAAGUACAAAACGUGGAAUGUGAAUUCGGUCCGGGAGUUGCUGGUGGGCUUUUUCAGGUACUACUCCGAGUUUGACUUUGCAAAGAAUCUCAUCUCGCCCUUCGUUGGACGGCUCUGCUCGCUCGAGGAACUUGAGAAGAAGACGAUCCGCGAGCUUGCGCCCUACUACCGGGCAGUGGAACGUGAGGGCUAUCCCGAGUUCAACGGAGGACCGCACAUAUCGAUACAAGAUCCGUUCGAGCUAAAUCUGAACAUUGGCAAGGUACUGCGCAUGAACAUGCUGCUGCAGCAGAUGAAAUUAAGCCUGAAGCAUGCGUAUGACCUGUGCCUGCGGUUUCAGGGGAAGGAGUUCUCUAAACUGCUCAUUGCGCUUUUCACCGACGUGGAACGGUGUGCUAAGAAGCCGAAUAACCCCCCUCAACCGGUGCCGUCCACUUCGACCGCCAAACCGAACAACACCGUUGUAAACGGGACCGCUGAACAGCCGAGCACUUCCAGCACAACAAACCUCGCGCCCGGUGGUAGCACCAAGCCUGCUGCUACCGCAGCGGCCAACCCACAAAAGAACGGCAUUCGGGUGAUGUGCUGUUUGCCGCCAAUCGAAAACGAACUGUACCUGGUAAAGCAGAUACUGCAGAUGCGAAACGCAGAGUCUAAAUCGAUUAUCACAGACGAACGCGUGCGUCAGCUGUGGGGCAAGUGCAUGAUGGAUUUCAUCGUGGACAUCUUGCGUAAGCUUUUCAUGGUUAAGGUGGAACCCAUCGAAACCCCGCACGAUGUCGGCGUUAAAAACGAACCCAACGGCACUUUGGACGAAGCAGAACCAAAACCCAACGAUCAUGAGGCACCCCCCAGCACAGUUCGCACGUUUCAGCUUACAUGCGAGCGUCAGGUAUUUAUCUCCCGCAAACGUAUCAAUAUUUCCAACGAGGAGGAUCUGAAGCGGGAGAUCGAAAUCUCCCAGAAUCGUUGGGAGAAGAACCACACGUUGCAGUUCACGACGCGCAUGGAACUGGUCGAGGAAAACAACGCGAUUGAGUUACGGUUGCCGAGUGACCAGCCGAAAAAUGGACUGUUUCGGUUGUUCAUUGACACGUGCUUUCUCGUGCACAUUCGCAAGUGUCUGCGAGGCUACUUUAUGGUGAUGCUGAGCAAGACAAGCGAAAAAACGCGUCAAAUAAAAAUCGACGAGGCAUCGGUUUCCAGUGGAAGAAGUAGCAGUGACCUCGGGCAGCCGCAGAAGAAACCGAACCAAAGCGGCACACCGGUGCCAGCGGAAGAAAAGGAUGCCUCUGUGGAAGCCGACGUGAAACAGGACGAUCAGCUAAGUCAAGCUGCAAGCAAUGGAACGGGUCCAUCCGAAUCCACCGAAGCGGGAGACGGUGCAACACGUCAGGGUAACAUACCAGUGGGUAGUACUGAAACGGGUCCGGCAAUAGAGCACAACAAAAGCUAA